GAUACGUAUGCGUCUCUGUCAGCGUUGAAGGUGAACCGGACCAGUAACCCCGACUUGGUCAAAUUUUCAGACGGUUAUGUUCCUCGUUUGUCUACAUUUUGUUUUAUAUAUUCUUUUAUCAUUAAUCAUUUUCUCGUUCAAAUGCUAUAAAAACGAUCGUUAUUGUUUGGAUUUGGUUGGCAGCUCAUCACUGAAAAACAGCGUGCAAGCUCAGAGUGUUUUGUUGAUAAAUGGCGAAGGCAAUUCGCUUUUUCAAGUUGAACACCGGAGCCAAGAUGCCUUCGGUUGGGCUGGGGACGUGGCAGUCGGACCCUGGUGUCGUUGGCAACGCCGUCUCCCGCGCCAUCAAGGUUGGAUAUCGGCAUAUUGACUGUGCUAAACUUUAUGACAAUGAAAAGGAGAUUGGAUCCACUUUGAAGAAGCUGUUUAGUGAUGGUGUAGUGAAGCGUGAAGACUUAUGGAUCACCUCCAAACUCUGGUGUGCUGAUUACGAGCCAGAAGAUGUACCAAAGGCAUUAGACAAAACAUUGCAGGACUUGCAACUUGACUAUUUGGAUCUGUAUCUAAUCCACUGGCCAGUUAGCAUGAAGAAGGGAUCAGUUGGCGUUAAGCCUGAAAAUCUUACCCAACCUGACAUACCAAGCACAUGGAAAGCAAUGGAGGCACUCUAUGAUUCUGGAAAGGCUCGAGCUAUUGGAGUAAGCAAUUUCUCUUCAAAGAAGCUUGGGGAUCUGCUGGAGGUAGCACGUGUGCCUCCUGCUGUUAACCAAGUGGAGUGCCACCCUUCCUGGCAGCAGCCGAAAUUACAUGCAUUUUGUAAAUCUAAAGGGGUCCACUUAUCUGGGCAUUCACCAUUUGGUUCCCCGGGUACAUGGGAGAUUAAGUGCGAGGUCCUUAAGAAUCCAAUUGUCAAUAUGGUUGCAGAGCAAUUGGGGAAGACUCCUGCACAAGUGGCUCUUCGUUGGGGGCUGCAAAUGGGUCACAGUGCACUGCCUAAGAGCUCAAAUGAGGCAAGAAUCAAGGAAAAUUUUGAUGUUUUUGACUGGUCUAUUCCUGAAGAUUUGUUUGCCAAGUUCUCUGAAAUUGAGCAGGAGAGGCUAAUUAAGGGUACUGGACUUUUUCUUCAUGAGACCUUUGGUGCCUACAAAACCAUUGAAGAACUCUGGGAUGGAGAGCUGUGAGCAGACAUCGGAUUUAUGAAACAUUGUGGUUUCUCUUGUCCUGUUUGAUCACAAAUUACUUUAUAUUCAAUGCUUCUCACCUUGUAGUGACGGUAGUCAUGGAUUGAGUUGUUUCUGCCUUUGAAAUUUAUAGUAAAUAAAUGAUAUGUGCCUGGCCAUACUGCAGAAGAGUGCACUAACAAGUUGUACCUUUGUUGUGAAAGUUUGGGGGUAAUCACACUAUAUCUCCCAUGGAAAUAGGUUUUCAUGGAAAGUGUUUAUUAUUAUAGACAAUCUUUUCAAAGAUUGUAUGUGUUGGGAAAGGGCACCACAACAUCUAUAAAAAAGAUGUUGUAGUCCAUAGUUUG